UGCUUUCAGAGAGUUUCAAAUUAUAUUUCGAUAUUUCUUUUCAUUAUUUAAACAUCGAUAAUAGUCGCGCCACUUUCAAACAGGGCUGUUAAAUCAAACCAGCUGUUUUUAACAGAGUUUGCAUUGCUUACGCUGUAUGAUUAAGAGUUGACAGGCUUUGUGUGUGUUGCCACAUCAGAACAAGUUGUUGCUUUUUGUUGUGUGUUUAAAAACAAUAACACCCGAUCGAGGCUUAAAAAUUUUGUCACAAUAAAUUAAUAGUAUGUUUUAGGCAGUAAUAAUACAUUCGUGUGGUGCUCGGUUGAUUACACAUGUGUAAAUAACGUGCAAAUCGUCAAUACGUUGAACACGUCAGAUCUCUCUUAGUGCAGCAUCCGUUGCCGAUAAAAAAAAGAAGCAAUAUAUCAAAAGAGUUCUUUAUCAAUCGGAACCGGAGAAGCACAACUGAGUCAGGCCAAGCAAAUCAAAUAAGUUUAUUUAUUUUGACGAAACCAAGCGAGCAUUAGAAUACAGGCAAAACAUGGCCGAAACGAAUAUUGACGUUAGCGGCGAAAUGGAAAUGCCGUCGCGUUCAUCUGCUGGUGAAAACAAAGUCAACAUUGAUCUGCAAAGCAUCCCCGCACUGCAGAAUUUGCCUUCACCAUUGGAGCUGUUGCACUCGGUGCGACGAUCGCUGCGUCCAUGGACUGUAUUCUUUAACUUGAAUAACUUCAAGUCGGCUGUCAGUAUGCAACGCCUGAAGAACCGUGUUUCACGCAAUCUAUCAUAUUUCCAAAGCAACUACAUAUUCAUAUUUUUCGUACUGAUGAUAUACUGCCUAAUUACAUCGCCGCUUACUCUACUGGUUAUAGCCGCCGUCGCCUUUGGCUGUCAUAAGAUACGAUCGAUCAACAAGAACGUCUGCGUUGUGGGCUGCGAUGUUACACCACAGCAACAGAUUCUGGCUCUCAAUUUGGGCGCGGCACCGCUGCUCAUAUUGGCUGGCGCUGGCGCCGUUCUAUUUUGGACGCUUGGCGCCUCCUGCUUUGUGAUCUUCAUGCAUGCGGUAUUUUACAAUAUUGAUGCGAUUGUGACCGAGGAAAGCGACAGCUUCUAUGUCUAAUUAACGAGCCUGACAACGAAUACGAAUAUACUAGAAUCUUAAAGCCGUAGCUAAUUAGUUUCGCCACACAGGGGCCUUAUUAGACAAUAAGUUUGCAAUUUCUAUAUAUAACUAUAUAUACAUUAAUAUCUAUAUAUAUAUAUGUGGUUAUAUAUAUUUAGAGUAUAAUUCUAACCAUAUCCGAUAUGUAAUUAAGUUUAAUCAGCAGCGCAAGAAAUGUUGCCUUCAACGUAUUGACCAAAUACACAACAAGAAACGA